AUGUUGCGCAACUCUUGCAGCAACAUCGAUGUCGGAAGAGCUCCGAGGGAGAUUCGGCGCAGCUCCGAGGCAUCCGGCCCGAAGGCCCCUUUCAGCGACGAUUACCCUCGAGAGCCAGUGACCAAUUUCCAGCCGCUGGCGCCCGCGGCUGCUACGCCGGUCCGUGCGCCAGGGCCCGCGGCUGCUACGCCGGCGCAGGUGCAACGGGCAAGGACUCUCAGCCCUGGCCCCAUCGUCGUUUCUUCAGGCUCUUACUGCGCGCCUGCACCGAAAUGGCCUGGCGGUAUACAGAGGACCCUUGGGCAGCCACGCUCCUUGGUGGUGCCUGUCUACAGAAGAGAGGCUUCUCGUGAACCUUCGAAUGUCUUAUCCAAUUGGGGUGGUUGCCCUCUGCCACCAUCUCUUCCGGCACCACCUCCAAGUCUUCAUCAUGUGAGCCCUGUGAAGUUGCGUCCAGCAGACGCAUUGCCACGGUGUUCUUCACCGCACCUUCAGGUGCCUCAGUGGCUCAACGGUGUACCUAUGGUGCCUCAAUGCAAAUCCGCGGCUUCUCCACCUGGGUCAGCUGCCGUGCCAGUGCAACGAUUCAGGAGCUUUGGUCGCCUCUCGACCAGCACGUCUCCGCGGGAUCUCCACGUGCAGGUGCAUCGUACCUAUUCAUCUCCAAGAUCACAGACCUACACCAGCAGGCUUGUGCCGCUGACAUCGGCUUCGCCCCGCACCUCCGAUGUUGAGGUUCGCACCAUCACAGGUGUCAGUGCUGCAACGCGAUCGCAACGGUGGCAGGGCCAUGUACAGUCCACAGUCGGCCGCAUUAGUGGCAGGAGCUCCUAUGGCAGUCAGUAUUCUUGCCCUCGGAUGUCCAGGAGUCCGGACGCUUCGAAGGAGGACUCGACCUUCGAGGAUGUUCGAAGUCCCUUGGGUCUUGGAAAACCCGUAGUGUCUCAGGGCCCGCCAGCAACCCUCAGUGAUGGCUUUGUGUUGAAGAAGGAUGGUGGUGCCCUCUCAUCCUCUACCAUGGCUCCAGACGAGGCAUCCUUCCGCAGCGACGAGGCGAACCUCCGCACGCCGGAGGUCCGCAUGCCCAUCACGAUGCCCACCGAGCCGGUCACCCUUCGCCCUCGCCAGGAGGAUCUGCGGUUGAUGGAAAGCACCUGGCAACCGAAGCGUGAAGCUCGUGAGGCACAGAUCGAAGAGGCACGAACACCAGAAGGGGUGACCACCAAGCACCCUCCAAGGCGCCCGGUCAAGGCACCCAGACUCUCCAGAAACGACCGACGGCUGUCCGUCAAGGAUGAGCGGCUCUGCUCUGAACCGGGGCGCCAGUCGCGCUGUUCGUCCAAGAUCGAGGCGAAUGAGCCAGGUGGUACGGUUGCUUCCCUUUCUGCAACACCUCAAAGGAAGGCAGAAACCUUCGAGGUGCCGGCGACCUCGCCCAGUGAAACGAGGUCGUCGCUCGCACCGCGUCCUGCACAGCUACAGGACCCUGCGAGCUCUGGCAGCCUCUGCUGCUGGGCCUUGAAGUCACUGGAUGAGGGCCAGGCCGCUCAGAUUUGUGCGACGCAGUCCUUGGAAGAGCUUUCUGGAUUUGAGCUGCGGAUUUCAUGUCCGACCUGUAAAGGGCAAUGCCCGGAUCACAUCCGAUGCAGACAGCGCAAUGAGCAGGCUGCUUUCCGACGGCGAGCUGAAGGUCCCACGCCUUGGGAGGUGUCAGGCUGGCACAACAACGCCAAACAGUCCAAUCUGGGCACUUGGAUGGUGUGGAUGGUGCCCCCGUUAAAGAGGGAGAGCUACAAAAUUACGGGCGACCCAAAGAAGCCUGAUGGUGCUCCAAAUUCCUACGUGAAAAUGACAUGUGCAAGGGCCAACUUUCGAGCAGCUGGCUGGAAGGAUGAUGAUUUCAGAAAGCCAUUGAUUACGAUUGCUGCCCCGUACAGCAACAGUAUGCCUUGCAACAACCAGUUUCGAGACCUGGCAGACAUCCUGGCCGAAGAGGUGGAGAAGCUGGGUGGCAAGGCUCACUUUUGCUUCACGCCCGUGAUUAGCGAUGGUGAAUCGCAGGGGUGCAAAGCCAUGAGAUAUUCUCUGGUCAGCCGUGAGGUGAUCACGGACUGCAUUGAGGUUAUGCACGAGGGCUACCAUGCCGACGCCAUUAUCACGCUGGGCGGCUGCGAUAAGAGCGUCCCCGCUGCGGUGAUGCCACUGGCCCGCAAGGACUUGCUGGGUUUAUCUCUGUUUGGUGGACCUGCACUGCCGGGCCUUCAUCCCGGAUGCCGGAAACGUGGAGCGGAUGGCGAGGUGGUGGAGCAGGGCAAAGCGCUGGAUCCAGGGAAGGUCAUGGAAGCCAUCGGUGCCUAUGGUCAGGGCUUGAUUGACCUGGAGGAGUUGCAUCGAGCAGAGUGCCAUGGACUUCCAGGGAGUGGAUCUUGCAGUGCAAUGUUCACUGCAUGUACCAUGGCUUCUGUGGUUGAAGCCUUGGGUAUGGCCUUGCCUGGUACGGCCAGCAAGCCCGCGGCGACGCGGGACGAUCCUCGUUCCGUGACGGAACGGAAGCGGCAGGACUGCGCAGCUGUCGUUGCAGCACUUUUUUCGCUGGCAGAGAAGGGGUUGUCAGCACGGAAAAUCAUUACGAAGAAGGCUCUGGAGAAUGCCGUCGCGGUCGUUUAUGCUUUGGGUGGCAGCACCAAUGCCGUUCUGCACACCCUUGCGAUCGCGCACGAGGCUGGCAUACCAGAGAGCGAGUUCAACAUCGAGGAUUUCCAUCGAGUUGGCCAAAGAGUGCCUCUCAUCGGGAACGUCUCGCCUCACGGAAGAUAUCACAUGAGCGACCUGGACAAGAUCGGCGGAGUACCAGUCGUCAUGCGGGAGCUGCUGGAUGCUGGCCUUGUACAUGGGGACUGCAUGACAGUGACUGGCAGGACGGUGGCCGAGAAUCUCGCGGGCACACCUUCUGUGGCCGCUUUGGGACUUCAAGACGUCUUGUAUCCCGUGACCAAACCCUUGGCGCCAGCAGGAAAUCACAUCUUGGUGUUGAAAGGAAAUCUGGCUCCAGAGUCUGCUGUUUGCAAGCUCUCGGGGAAGACAGACAUCGAGCUUACGGGUCCUGCUCGCUGCUUCGACGACGAGGAUGCUGCCUUUGAAGCGAUCAUGGCUGGAAAGAUACAGAAGGGUGACGUUCUGGUGAUCCGCUACGAAGGUCCAAAGGGAUCUCCGGGGAUGCCAGAGAUGCUCAGCCCUGGAUCGGCCUUGGUGGGCGCUGGGCUCGGAAAGCAUGUGGCCUUGGUCACCGAUGGUCGCUUUAGUGGCGCUUCCCAUGGGAUCAUGGUGGGCCACGUGACGCCGGAGGCUGCAGCUGGCGGACCCAUUGGCCUUUUGGUGGAUGGUGACAUGGUGACCGUGCGCCCGGCGCGGCGCGAGCUCUCCGUGGCGCUCUCGGAGAAGGAGCUGGCCGCCCGGCGCCGCGAGUGGCGCGCGCCGGCGCCGAAGCCGGGAUCCUUUGGCACGCUGGGAAAGUAUGCAUCACAGACGCCAGAGCAGUCUCCGCAAUCUUCCCACAGCGCUAUGGCGGACGACAAGGUGGAGCGCUUGGCAUGGAGUCCGUUGUCGUCUCGAGCCUUCUUCGAUGGAGAGAGAACGGUGGACGGACGCGACUCGAGCCGCGGCCAGGCCGAGGACAGCCGCUUCGAAGAUCCUGUACCACAGGACGGAGCGGAGAGCCGGAGGCGUUCGAGCUCGGCCGGAUCUGAGCUUCGCUUGUGGACAGCUUGGGUGGACCAAUCGAAUGGAUUGGGAUUGGCCGAGUUAACUGGAUUACUGAGCAAAGCGCAAGCCCUGAUCCAGCAGAGUGCGGAGCAAAUGGAGGAACAGCUCGGGAGCCCAAGGGCUGUUAGUCCGCCGGAGCGGGCAGUUGUUGCAAGCGAUGAAGGCGCGGCCAUGCCCGGGGAGCUCAGUCGCGGAGGAAUGGAGCUGAGGUCGAGGCCGAGCCGGACCCGUCAGUCCGACGUCUCCUAUGCGCACGGGCACCAGUGUGGGGGCGCCCCGGUCUUCCAAGUGGCUUGUGUUGCCGGGAUAGGAGCGAGUCGGAUCGCGUCUUCGACUGCGCCACAAAAGGGCCCACCCAGCUCCAAGGUGGCUGAGCUGAUGGCGAAGCUGCCGAUCCUGCCAAAGCUCUUCCAAGCCUUGACCAAGAAUACGCAUUUGAAGCACUUGAUGAUGGGCAACACAGCCUUGGAAUCGAGUGGCGCAUGCAUCCAAGAGUUGGCAGCGGCGUUGAGAUCCAACUCGACCCUGCAGAAGCUGGAUGUCCAGGCCAACUUCUUGGAGAUGUGCGACCUCACUGUGAUAUUUGAAGCCCUGGCUGAGAACACAGGUCUAAAGGACCUGAAGGUGAAUCUUCAAGCCUGUGCAAAGGGAAGCUUCAGGGACUUGAUGAAGGAGCAGGGGAACGAUGUCUACAAGGCAGCAGCUGCUGCUUUUCGCAGCAAUCGAAGCUUGAUCAAGCUGGAUUUGAUUCUGUUGCAGCGGCAUUGGCAAGAUCAGAUUUGCAGGGGCUUGAUGCAAAACAAGGAGGAGCAGCGCAAAUCGGAAGCAAAGGAUGACUGCUAG